AAGGCUGUGAACACUAACAACAGAUGGUACCCACACUAGUCCUGGGGUUGGCUGGGUCGACCAGUGACCCCCUCACACCCUACACCUAUGGGCAUUACUUAACCGGCUUGAAAAGGGCAUACACGGUACCUUCAUAGGGGAGAUAAUAUAUUUAUAAAAAUGGCACAUCGCAUGCUGCUACGACUGGGUCUGCUGGGUGUUGGAGGAGCAUCAAUAACAUACAACAUUGAUGAGCUAGAAACAGCAGCAAUUGGAGCUCUUAGAUUUGGUCGAGCGGCAGUUGCGGUAACAAAAAUCAUCACCGAGUAUCGAUCAGCAUUAUACUCUGGCUCCAUCACUCCGGAAUCUGACAACUAUAAAGAGAUGAAAUCGCAGACUCAUUUGCAUUCUGCUAGGGAGUUACUAGAUUUAUGCUGUACAAAUGGUGGGGCCUUUGUGAAGGUUGGUCAACAUCUGGGGUCCCUGGAGUACCUACUGCCUGUAGAGUAUGUUAACACAAUGAAGGUCUUACAUUCCAACGCUCCCAGGUCUUCUCUCGAGGAUGUCUACCAGGUCAUCGAGGAGGAACUCAAAUGUAAGCCCAAAGAAUUAUUUUUAGAAUUUGAACCAGAGCCUUUGGGCGCAGCAUCCCUUGCACAAGUCCAUCGUGCAAAGCUUCAUGAUGGGCGGGAAGUAGCUGUGAAGGUGCAGCACCGAAGUGUCAAGGCUCACUCUAAGGUUGACAUGAAGGGAAUGGAGCUGCUUGUGAAAAUGGUGUCACAUAUUUUCCCUGACUUCAGAUUUGAAUGGUUAGUGGAGGAGAUGAAGAAGAAUUUACCAAAGGAGCUGGAUUUUAUGCAUGAAGCAAGGAAUGCUGAAAAAGUUGCUGCACAGUUUGCUCAUUUCUCUUGGUUAAAGAUCCCAUUCAUUGACUGGAGCCAUACAACAGACAGGGUUCUGGUUAUGGAAUUUUGUGAAGGUGGUCAAGUGAAUGACCGAAACUAUAUGGUUGCUAAAGGAAUCAACACCAGUGAAGUUUCUGAAAGAAUUGGCAGAUUAUAUUCAGAAAUGAUCUUCGUCAAUGGUUAUGUUCACUGUGACCCUCACCCAGGCAAUGUAUUGGUGAAAAAAGUCAACAAUGAAGCCCAAAUUAUUCUGCUGGAUCAUGGCCUUUAUACGAAUUUGACCAGUGAUUUUCGUAUCACAUACAGCAAGUUCUGGUUAAGUAUACUUAAUGCAGAUCUCAAAGCGAUUCAGCGUUAUGGAGACCAGUUGGGUGUUGGGGAACUGUUUGGUUUAUUUGCUUGCAUGGUGACUGGUCGGUCCUGGGACUCUAUAUCUAAGGGGAUUGAUAAGAAAGAGCGAUCGUCAGCAGAGCAAGAUGCAAUCAAAGCUGAUGCAGCCAAGUAUCUGCCAGAGAUAUCUGCUGUGCUGAAUAGAGUUCCUCGUCAAAUGCUUCUCAUCCUUAAGACAAAUGAUCUGCUUAGGGGGAUUGAGUUCUCCCUUAAUACUCAAGAGAGUAUGAAAUCAUUUAUCACGAUGUCACGAUGUUGCAUACGUUCGCUGUUUGCUCACCAGAGGAUACUUUGUAAUUCUACUCUUUGUUCUGUGAGAGUGAGUGUUGCAGAGACUUGGGCACAGUUUAAGAUCUCUUUGUACACACUGUACCUUCUAUAUCUUAGGUCAAAACUAGGUAAAUACAUCCACAAAACCUGGAUGACCAAUAAUGGUGCUGUUACUGCAAGUUGUUUGUAGAAUAUGUUACAUUUAGUACAGUAUUUGAAUUACAUGUAUUGGCAUUAUGGAAACGUUAUAAUUACAGCUUAUUCAUAUUUUCUAUUUCAUUAUAGUGCUGAUAUUAUGCUUAUUGAGAUUAUUUUAGAGUAAUAAUUGUACUUAAAUAAAAAAUUUGAUAAUUUCUCAGCACAAUUAUUUUGUAUCAAGUUCAUAUUUAGUUAUCAUAUAUCAGGUACGGUAUUUUACUCUGUUUUCACACUUGCUUGCCUAAAAGAGAUACCGUACUUCAUUAAUAUUUUCAAUAUACUUUUUCAGCACUCACACAGGUAAAUGUUGGUCCUUCACAUGAUUAGUGAACAAGUGUGUAAGAGAUGUUCAGUCUCAUGACAUUAACACACUAAAUGGGAACUUUCUGUGAAUGUUACUAAACUGAAGACUCUUCAUGCUGUUUGUGUAGUAGGUUGAGAUACAUGCUUGGACGACCAUAGUGAAAUCUUAAGUAAAUUUAUUUUCUGAUACGAUAUGUCAUAAGUAUGUCUAAGCUACACAACCAAUUUUUUGGCACGGUUACAUUAGAGGUACUGUACGAUAUUUCAAAUUGCAUUAAUGCAUUUAUUUUCGAUAGAUUAUUAGCU